AUGAUACCAAAAAGGUCACUCAUGAUUGUUGAUACAUCUGAAUUCAAGUGCCCAUAUCCAUACCAAGAUUUUAAAUCAUUGCAUUUCCCAUGGGACGGAUCCGUCAACGAUAUAAAUUCCUAA